AAAACGCAUGGCUCCUUGGAGACCUCAGUCAGGCUUUUAAGAACUGGGGCUUUGUGAAGGUAAGAGGUGAUCCGUGCCCCGCUGGCUGGGGGCUGCCGCCUCAGAGAGGUCUGGGUACAUGCAAGGAACGCUAGCAGGAGUCUGCCAACUUGUUCUGGGAUCUGAAUGAGCCUGGAGAAACCAUCUGUGAAGGGAGUUUCAGGUUAGAAAAGGGAUAAGAUGGACCCUUUCUGCCUAGAUGGGUGACCGCCCACCCAACCCAUGGGGAGUUGCAUGGAUCCCAACCCCUGACGGCUCCCUUCCCCAUUCCUUUCCUUGUAGGAGUUAGCAGCGGUCAGGAAAUUGGCACGGGCUGGCCGGGGGCUGGGAAGAGAGGCGAAGGGGCUGCCUGGCACCGAAAAGGCUGUAUGGGCGUGUGUAGCAUGUGUAUUUCAGAGCCCGACACUUGAGACUGUUGCUCAGUGUAAGAAAGCACAGCUAUUGGAGAGUCAGAAAACAGCCAGGGAGGAGGGAAGCUCCAUGUGUGAGCAAAAAGCUUUGGGCAAUCUGUAAGCUGAGGAAGUGGAGAGGCUGGCGGCGAUGCGUUCUGACUCCCUCGUCCCAGGUACCCAUACCCCACCCAUUCGCAGGAGAAGUAAGUUUGCCAAUUUGGGAAGGAUUUUCAAACCUUGGAAAUGGAGGAAGAAGAAAAGUGAAAAGUUCAAACACACGUCUGCAGCCCUGGAAAGGAAAAUAUCGAUGAGGCAAAGCAGAGAGGAGCUGAUAAAACGAGGAGUCUUGAAGGAAAUUUAUGAUAAAGAUGGGGAGCUCUCCAUAUCAAAUGAAGAUGACUCCCUGGAAAAUGGACAGUCCCUGAGCGCCAGCCAGCUGUCUCUGCCUGCCCUGUCCGAAAUGGAGCCAGUCCCGAUGCCCAGGGAUCCCUGCUCAUACGAGGUGCUCCAACCUUCAGACAUCAUGGAUGGGACAGUGUCUGAAGAGAGUCCCUCUGCCAGUGAGUCUGGAGUCCUCCUGUCCCAAGAUCCUUCAGCCAAACCAGUCCUGCUACUGCCCCCCAAAAAACCUGCUGCUUUCUCUGGAGACCAUGAGGAGACCCCAGUGAAGCAGCUGUCCCUUCUCAAGCAACCCCCUGCCCUGCCUCCCAAACCCACUGCCAGGAUUGCCAACCACUUAACAGAUCCUGGCGCCCCUGUGAAAUUGCCUUGUCUGCCAGUGAAACUGUCGCCUCCUCUACCUCCAAAGAAAGUCAUGAUCUGUAUGCCUGUAGGGGGGCCAGAUCUCUCCCUGGCAUCCUACGCAGCCCAGAAGAGUGGCCAGCAGGGCGGGGCCCAGCACCACCACACGGUCCUGCCGUCCCAGAUCCAGCACCAGCUGCAGUAUGGCAGCCUCAGCCAGCACCUCCCCUCCACCACAGGGUCCCUUCCCAUGCACCCCUCGGGCUGCAGGAUGAUAGACGAGCUGAACAAAACGCUGGCCAUUACCAUGCAGAGGCUGGAAAGCUCUGAGCAGCGGGUCCCCUGUUCCACUUCUUACCACAGCUCUGGUUUGCACUCGGGUGAUGGCGUCACAAAAGCAGGACCUCUGGGCCUUCCGGAAAUAAGACAAGUGCCAACUGUUGUGAUUGAAUGUGAUGACAAUAAAGAAAAUGUGCCUCAUGAAUCAGACUACGAAGACUCUUCUUGCCUAUACACAAGAGAAGAGGAGGAGGAAGAUGAGGAUGAUGAUGGCUCAUUGUAUACCAGCUCCCUGGCUAUGAAAGUGUGCAGGAAGGACUCCUUAGCCAUCAAACUCAGCAACAGGCCCUCCAAGCGAGAGCUAGAAGAAAAGAACAUCCUUCCCAGACAGACAGAUGAAGAGAGACUGGAGCUGAGGCAGCAGAUCGGCACCAAGCUCACCAGGCGGCUGAGCCAGAGGCCGACUGCAGAGGAGUUGGAGCAGAGGAACAUUUUGAAACCUCGGAAUGAACAAGAGGAACAAGAGGAGAAAAGAGAGAUCAAGAGGAGGCUAACUCGAAAGCUCAGCCAGAGGCCCACAGUGGAAGAGCUCCGAGAAAGAAAGAUCCUCAUCCGCUUCAGCGACUACGUGGAGGUGGCCGACGCUCAGGACUAUGACCGAAGGGCCGACAAGCCGUGGACCCGCCUCACUGCUGCCGACAAAGCUGCCAUUCGAAAGGAGCUCAAUGAAUUUAAAAGCACUGAAAUGGAAGUUCAUGAAUUGAGUAGACAUCUAACAAGGUUUCACCGACCUUAACAGUCGAAUUCCUCUUGAGUGCUAUGCUGUCUUCAAAACAUAAAUUUAUAAGAACCAUAAGUGCUGGUAUUUAUUCACUUCCCCAUUACGAUGUAAAUCUUCUGAACUGCCUUUUUUAAAAAGAAGAAGAAGAAAAAUAAAAGGAAACACAAUCAGGA